ACGCCAGCAGCCAAGCCACUCUUUAAAUUCCUCUCCACUGCCAAGAGAGGGAGGUGUGGUAGGAGGAAUUCGAGAUCGAGAUCCAGAGCGAGAUCGAGACUUUGAAAUCCAAGUCCUAAGUCCAUAUCUAUAUUCAUAUCGAUAUUGAGCUAGCUAGUUGUGAUCGAUGGAGACGAGGGCGGUGCGCAGGGACGAGGAAGGGAAGAAGAAAGCGGAGAGGGUGGUGGUGGCGGCCGUGCCGAGGACGCGGAAGCCGGAGACGAUGCGCUACGUGGAGAAGAAACUGGUGGACAAGGGCCUCCAGCGCAUGGACCGCCACCCUGUCGACGGCCUCGGCGGCCUCGGCGCCCCUCCCCCCAAGUCCGGCCACGGCGGCAAGUUCACCUGGGAGGGCCCCGAAGACCCCGCCGAAGCCGAGCUCGACCCCGCCCCGCCCGCCCUCGACCCCCGCGACCCCAACUACGACGACGACCAGGAACAGCUCGAGAAGGGGCGGGGACGAAGAGGCGGAGGCGGAGGCGGAGGCGGGGCGGCUGAAGACGACGACGACGACGACGAGGCCGCGGAGGAGAAGAUCGUGGGGGAGGUGGAGGUGGCCAAAGUGGCGGAGGCGAGGGAAGGGGUCUCCAGGAUCGAAAUACUACCACCUCUGCAGCUGCAGCCCUGAGUAGUGAACGCCCACCCUCUUCCUGUCUUUGUGCUUUUGUUCUGCAUCUGCGGUCUGCUUCUGAAUCUGAAUCUGAUGAUGAUGAAUAAAGGGUGGUGCUGCUGACUAAGCUUGAUUAAUAAUUACAUUUUACUUAGCAUAUAAUUUUAGCUGAUGUAAAUUCUCAUGCAUGACAUGCCUUGCAUGUACGAAAUUUAACCUUGUACGAGGCGUAGGUGCUAAUGUUUCUGGCUGUUUCUUUGCA